CAGGCAUGUCUCCCCACAGCCUCUCAGCGGUUGGCUAAGGAAUAUCACAUGGCCUGCCCCGCAACCAAUAGGAAGAGUUUUCAGAACCCCUAAAGGAUUCACCAGGGUGUGCAGUGCUUUUCAGACUUUCAACCCGUCGGGAACAGUUGCUGAUUUUAAGCAGGAGACAACAUGGAAACCCCCAGCACCCCGAUGAGGCCUAUAGAGGUGUCUACCCCGAUGGCACCAGAGAGGCCUAAACCCAGAAAGCGUUAUCUCAGCACCAGCUCUGACGAUGAACAGUUCCCACCAACAAAGACCCCACAGGAGGAAGAUGAGGAGAUCUCACAAAUAUGGCAAAGCUUGUUGGACUCUAUCUCGAUACCAAACUCUAUAAUGCAGGAGCCAGCAGCAGAGGCUGUAACAGCUGAAGAACCUGAGAAGUGCAUCAAUACUAGCAUCCCGCCGUCACCUAUUGAGCUUUGGAAUAUGGCUUCUGCAAGUAACAUUCACAUUCAGGCUCCUGAAGCAUUGGCAAACAAUCAGCCGGCGCAUCUCACCCUGAAAAAUCUUCUUGGACUGUCGAUUGAUGAAACACAGCACAUUUUACCAAGAAAGCGUCGAGGAGCUAUGCGUGGAAUUGUCAGAGCAACCAUUUAUGGCAUCUUGAAACACUGCCUAAGCCAGUAUCUGUAUGAGAGCUGUAUUGGAUGUACAAUACAGGCCCCUGGACAGAGCUCUCACGAAUGUACAGUAUGGACAGAAAAUGACAUUUCCACAAAACUACGCAUUCUUUGUGCAAAACUCUGGUUUCAGCCUGUGUUGCAUGUUGUUAUCCUCAUUGGUUAUUCUCUAAAUUGUCUUGCUUUGACCUCAGAGAAUGUGGACCAGGUCUUAAUUCUGACUACAGAGAUUAGCAGAGCUAUAAAUCCUCGAAUGUACCUUGAAAAAAUUAUGAAGACCACCGACCAAUCCUUUCUUCAACAUGUAGAACGCGUAAUCAAAGAUCGGCCCUAUAAGUCAUUUCUUACAUCUAUUGAAAAUUCUACAGCCGUCCUCCGUAGAACGCAGUUCAAGUGUAUCCAUAAGCGUCAACAGCUCCUUGUUAGCAAAAUCGUGAUACAUAGAGAGGGUGUUUGUGAAAUGUCGCAACAAAAGAAAAUCGCUCAACCAGGGAGCCAGAGCCCCAUACAUGAACCUACCCAUACUGAAAAUCAAGAACAAUCGGAUGACCACGCAACCAAUGAGAAUCUCAAACCUCAAGCUUCAAAGACUGAGACAACACAUGAGGGGCCCCAAGCAUCAAAGGACGACAGACCUGGAGGCCACGCUUAA